AUGGCAAACACAUUGGGGGGAGGCAAACUUUUCUUUGGUGUUGAACGUUUUGAUUAUACCAAAGGAAUAAAGGAAAAACUUUUUGCCUUUGAAAAAUACCUCGACGAACAUCCUGAUCGAGUUGGAAGAGAUGUGUUUUAUCAAAUAGCACAAAAUAAUCGAAGUGGAAUUGGAUCAUUUAAAGAAUAUCAGGAUGAAAUUAAAGAAAUACCUGAUGAAAUCAACAAAAAAUUUCAAAAAAUUUUGGAAGACAAAUACGGCAAAGAAACAGAUUAUAAAGCAAUAAUUUUUGAAACUGCGGGAGUAAAACGUGAAGAUUUAAUUAAACGCUAUUUGGCUAUGGAUAUUGGAGUGGUUACACCUGUAAUGGACGGAAUGAACUUGGUGGCCAAAGAAAUGAUUGUUUGUAAUCCGAAUGCUUCCCUUAUUCUUUCCGAAGGAGCUGGGACUUAUCACCAAUUUUUAGAAAAUAAAUUGGCAGACAAUUACCAUUUGGUAUGUUGA